AUGGAGCCUAAUCUCGAGGUACCGUCAAACGUCCCGGCAACAGCGGCGCGACCCGUAUUCCCCGACAACCUUCGUCCCUUCCCGUUCCUGCUGGUCCUCGUCGGUCCGCCAGGCAGCGGCAAAAGUAGAUUUGCUGGACUCUUGAUCGCGGAUGCCGCGUUACGAUAUGAGCGCGUUUGCCAGGACGUGGCGUCAGUGCGAGGGACACCUGGCACUCGGAAGCAGUGCUUGGCGCAAGUGAGGCGGCACCUGCUAUCCGGAGCGAGCGUGGUGCUGGACCGCUGCAACAUGAGCGUGGAGCAGCGCGCCGAGUUCCUCGCGCUCGCGCGCGCCUGCAACGUGCACUCGCACGUGCUCGUGUUUGACCUCCCCACGGCGCUCGUCGUGCAGCGCGCGGUCAACCGAGUCAACCACGAGGGCGGCGUGCAGGGCCCCAGGGCUGCGAGCAUCAUACGGCACCAGAUGAAGAUGCGCGAGCCCCCUGCUGCAACAGAGGGCUUUCAGCGCGUCACUGUGUGCCACACUGACGCCCAAGUCGACCAGGCGCUCGCCUUCUACUGCGCCCUCCGCCCCUCGGAUGUUGCUGUUAGUGGCGGUGGUCCUGGUGCUGCUGCUGGUGCCGCUGCAGAGGUUCCUGGUGUGCUGAUGCAGCAAGGACCAGGGGAAGAGGAGCUAGACGCGCGGGUACGGGAGAUGCAGCUGGGGCAGCGGACAGGGGGAGAAGAGGCGCAAACGCAGGGACAGCGAGCAGAGGGGGCGAGGCAGGGAGGACAGAAGGGGCUAGGGCGCGUUUAUAAGCAUGGGCCUGCAGAUAGAGAGCGGGUGAGCAGAGACGCACCUUCCCACGCCAUAGCGUGUAGCCGUGCUGCUGCUGCUACUGCUCCUCUCUCUGCUGCUGCUUCUCCACUCCCAUCUACUGUAGGUGCUCCUCGUGUGUUGGGAUCUGAUCCUCCCUUUUCUGCUGCCACGCCAGGGACCGAGGAGCAACCGGCAGGAGGGAAGAGGGAGGAACAUGGGGAGGGGAAUGUGGAGGGGGAUGGGGAGGGGGGAGGGAAUGUGGCGGAGGGUGGGGGAGGGAGAGGAGGGUAUGGGGACAGGGAGGGGGGGGAUCUAGUGAAGGGCUGUGAGAAGAAGUGGGAUGGGGAGGGAAUGGGGAGGGUGGUAGAGAGAAGAGGAGAAAUGGUGGACGAUGGGGAUAGGAAGAGACGGGCGAAAGAGGGAGCAAGAGGUGAUGAAGAGCAGCAAAAUGCACUGAGAAACCGAGAAGAAGUGGAGAAGAAGCAAAUGCGAACCAUGUGGUUCGGUCAGAGUCAAGGUGCGGCUAGCAGGGUAGACGUAGGCGUGGGAACAGUAGAGGCACGUGCUGCUGUAGCUGCGCCUGUAGCUGCGCCUGUAGCUGCGCCUGUAGCUGCGCCUGUAGCUUCUGCCAUGCCUUCAGCAGAGGCAGUGAGAAUUAGAGCAACGGAAGGUAGGAAUAUGGGCACGAGUAGAGUAGGCGAUCGUGGCACUUCACAGGCUGGAGUGUAUGAUGUGAGGCGGUUCUUCUGUGCUAAAUCGCAAAAGGAAGCUGCUAUCAACAGGGAUGCAGGGAUGGGCAGCAGUGGAGGGAGGAGAGAUGGGGUUGAUGGAUUGAGAUGCGACAAACAUGGGGAGGUCACAGGAGCAACGCACCUCAGCCUCGUGGACGGGCGGGGGGAGGGCCUUGUGGAUGCGCGGGGGGAAGGGCUCGUCAAUGGGCGGGGGGAUGGUUGCGCGGAUGGGCGGGGGGAGGGCCGCGGAGAGGAGGGUGAGUUGCGACAAUUGCAGGCACAUGGGGGUCUGGAGGGCUCGUAUGGGUUGAGGCAAGACGGAUGGGAGCAGUUUGCUGCUGCUGCUAACGAAGGGGGCGAGAAAAACGAGGGUCAGAGGCGAGAAGGGGAGGGAGGAGCCAAGGAAGGCGAGCAGGAGCAGCAGAAGCAGGAGCGCAGAGGGCACUGGAAGGCGCAAGGAAACAGGGGAGAGGAGAAGGGUGAUGAGCAAGACGAGGACGAGCAACAGCAGCGGCCACAGCCCCCCCAGCAGCAGCAGCAGCAGCAACAACCGCAGCAGCAGCAGGCAGCAGGGCGGUGGGUGUUGGCGUUUCCGUCCAUCUCAACAGCGGACUUCAAGUUUGACAGAGAGAGGGCGGCCGCGGUGGUGGUUGACUGCGUGACUGAGUUCCUCUGGCGCAACGGGGGUAGCAGCCACGGCAGCACCACUGCCAGGAGUGCGGGUGAAGGCCGAGUGGGUGGGCCGAAUAUGAACCCCCGCCGCCCCAACUGCCUGGAUGGUGACUAUAACGAGGGGGAGAGGCUGCUCAGGUCCGCGUAUGGGGCGCUCUUUAGAGAAUUCCGCCUGCUGGCAAAAGGGGGGGAGGAGGGGCGCGCGGAGAGGGGGGGCGGAGGGGAGGAGGGAGUGGGGAGAGUGGGGGCGACGGAAACAGAUGGAGAGCGGGAGAGAGGGAUGGGAAGGGGUGUGGAAGGGCGAGGAGGUUGGGGGGGUGUGGGAGAAGGUUUGGUUGGAAAAGGGGGAUUGGAUGGAGCAGCAGAGGGUGGGAUGGGGGGAGAAGGGCGGAUGGUGAAGGGGGUUGAGGAGGCACGUGAUGGGCUUGCAGGGACGAACGUGAGAGAGUUUGUGGGAGGAGAAGAGAGACGAAGGGAGGAGAUAGAGAAGGGUGGGUCGUGGGAGGAUGGGGCAGGUGGCGGAGUGGGAAUGAGGAGAAGAGGGAGCGUUGCUGGGGAUGAUUACGGGAAGGGGAAGAGGAAAGCUUGUGCUGAGGAUGAGGAUGGGGAGAGAGGCGAGGGCGAUGAGAGGAGAGGAGUGGAAGCGGGGAGUAAGCGGAGAAAAAGAAAGGGGGAAGGUGAGAGGGAAGGCGAGGGGAGUAGGGAGAUUGAAGAAAAUGAGAGGGGGGAGGGGAUGGAGGAGGAGAAGCAAGGGGAGGAGGGGGUUGGAGGAGGACUGGAAACGGGAGAGGAGGGAGAGAGGAACAUGCAGGGUUUAGAUCGAGGCGGUGUUGAUUAUGCCCAUGCUCACUCUCAUGCUGCAGCUGGUGGUGCUGGUGGUGCUGGUGGUGCCAGUGGCAUUGACGAUAUAGCACCACUUGUGGCAGCACCAGCAGCAGCGGAUGAUGCCCCAAGCACUGCUGAUUCCCCUCCAGCGGCUCAGGUGCCUUCUGUGGAUCCCCAGGUGGUUACAACAGAGCGCCAGGUACCUCUAGCAGAACCUCAGGGCAGUGCAGGCCGGCAGACGGCAGGAGAGAUGGUGAUGGGCGCUGUAGGGGGGGGAGGGGAUCAGGCGAUGGGGGUGUGGGUGGGCCGGGGAAGGGCAGCAUUUCGACCGAAUCUUGAAAGGGUGGUGGAGGAAGAGGGGCGAUAUGGGGGGAGAGACGAGGGGAGAGAUGGGGGGAGAGACGAGGGGCGAGAUGGGGGGAGGGAAGAGAGGAGAGGAGGGAGAGAGGAGGGGAGAGUAGGGCGGAUUGAUAGGGGCAGAGAUGGAGGGGAGAAAAUGCUUCAGGGAAGGGGUUUGGAGGAGGGGAGAGGUGGGGAAGGUGGGGUUGUUGGAGGGGGGAGGAGAGAGGGGGGCGGUGACGGGGUGAGGGGAGAGAGGGAUUCUGGAGGAGGGGUGCAGUGGUGGAGGAGGAACGAGGGGAGGGGUGUGAUAGGGAGUGAGAAGGGAGGAGAAGAAAGAGGAAAUGCUGGUGGUGGUGGUGAAGGGGGAGAAGCUAAAGGGGGAGGGGGAGGAGGAGGGGGAGCGGGAGGAGGGGGUGGUGGUGGUGGUGGUGGCAGUGGUGGGGGUGGGGUUGGUGGUGGGGGUGAUGGUGGAGGAGUGAGGGGAGGGGGAGGAGGAAGAGCAAGUGACAUAGGGGGAGGGGGCAGCGCAGGAGGAGCAGGGAGUGGAGGGGGAGGAGGAGGGGGAGGGGGCGGAGGCGGCAAGCGCAAGGAGGGGCAUGGUGGGGCGGAAGGUUCCUGGAAGCACGCACUGAGGGACAUUGCGAUGCGGCCGGAGAGGCACGGCGACGUGGUGCUGUUCUCAGAUGCUUCUGUGGUGGUGAUCCGUGAUAAGUACCCCAAGGCCCGGCACCAUCUGCUGGUGAUCGCACGAACGGACGGAGUGGAUCGCAUCAUCGACGCCACAGCAGCGGAUCUGCCUCUGCUGCGCCACAUGCUGGCAGUAGGGCAGCUCUGGGCGGCACACUCCGUCUCACCCUCCUCCUCCUCCAACCCCACUCUUGGAUCCGGCAAUGCACCCAAUCCCACUCCUGCCUCUCGCGCCACACCACAACAGGACAGCUUGCAGCAGAAACCACCUGAAAAAUCUCCUGAUGCUGCGGCCCCAGGGGUGUCAGGUGCUGUUUCAGGUGAUCGGCCAGGGGGUGGUCCGGGCAGUGAAGGCGAGCACGCGAGGGAGAAGGCUCUGCCUGGGAAGGGAGGGCUGGGUGUGCCUAUAACGAGGGGCCCUGGGCCAGGUGUGACAACAGCGGGGUCAUCGCCACCUCAGCCACUGCGCUUCCGUUUCGGCUUCCACCAGGUACCGUCCAUGCAUCAGCUGCACCUGCACGCCAUAAGCCAGGACCUGGACUCACCCCAUCUGAAGCACAAGAAGCAUUGGAACUCCUUCGCCUCGCCAUUCUUCCGCGAUGCCCUCCAGGUGAUUUCCCAGAUAGAGCAGCACGGCCAUGUGCUGCCAGCUCUGCCGUCCACCCACAUCUCCUCAUCUGUAGCCGGACAGAACCUCUUCCCGGGCUCAGGUGAAACUUCUCCCAGGGCUCCCCCAGUUGCUAUAGAGGCAGGAGCGGGAAAAGGGGGUGGUGCAGCUGUGGCAGAGGGUGCAGCUGUAGCAGCAGCAGAGGCAUUGGGCGGGUUGGCAAUAGCAGGUGAUGGAGAAGGUAUCAAAACUGGAGAGAAGGUUCCAGCACACGGAAGGAUCAAUGCUGAAGUCUGUGGAUUGCUCUGCAAGCUUUUUGACUCCUUUACCACUAAGUGUCAGAGACUACCAUGUUCAUUCUACGGUCUUCCUCCAUCUCGACAAUAUUUCGGAGUGACUUCAGUCGGUCAUACGAUCUACGUUAUUGGCGGACAGACCAUAGACAACACAGGCAUAAUGACUGACUUGACCUUCUCUGCUUCAGUUGACUCCUAUAACCCGCUGACAAACACAUCAAAGUCGCUUCCUUCGCUCACAACUCCACGCAGCAGAUUCGCGUGCUGCGCUUCUUCUGACGCGGUUUUCGUAAUCGGAGGUGUUACUAACGGGUAUGAGGUGCUUUCCUCGAUUGAAGUGUUCGAUUUGAGACAGGAUUGCUGGCUCCAAGCAUCAAGUCUUCCAGCACCCAGACAGGGAGCUCACGCACAGAUCAUUGGGAACCGGCUGUUCGUUCUUGGGGUUGUUCAUCCUCGUUAG